AAGCUUACUUGGGAUGUGUUAAAUGAGCGUAAAUCACCAGGAGGGUGAAAAACCUCAAACAAUCAUAUAGAUGAUUUUCUUAAUUGUAUUGUGUUAAAAAUUUAUUGGGCUUGGGAUGUCGGCUGCUUGUAAACUUUCUUUCAAUUUUUUUCCUCAAUAAAAUCACUGAAAACUAAAAUACAAAGAAAAAUCACUAGAAACCAAGAGAGUCAAAGAUUAAAAAUGAUUGGCAGAGAUUUCAUUUGUUUUAUUUUUGGCUUUUUAUGUGUCUUCAUAGCUAAAUGGAAUUUUACAGUAUAACUGGAAAGAACAAAUUGUGAGAGAGGAGAGAGAGAGAUGGGAAUGAGUGGUUCUUCAGGUUUAGGUCAUGUGCUCAUGCUUCUUCUUCUUCUUAGCAUCCUCUUUCACCAUACCGAAUCUGCUUUGCCCUCUGAUCAUGAACAACUCUCAGUAACUGGGAGGAGAAUGAUGGCGAAUUAUAAGCCCAAUGCUGCAGUAGAAACACCACCAUCAAGAAGUAGACGAGGUGGUGGUGGUCAGAAUACGGGAGGAGAUUGAUAAGUACAUAUGUAUAAGACAAAUAGAGAUAUAUACAAGACCUUCAAGCAGUGGACUGUGGACAGAUUCAUCAACAUUACUCUCCUUAGCUUUGGCCAGUAUACAAACUUGUAUAACAAAUAAAUCACCAAAAAUAAUAUAAAUGUGAAUGUAUAAUUUGCACUUUAUGUGAUUCCAAGUAUGGAUUUUUAAAUUUUCAAAAUAUGUGAACAAAUGUUUGUGUAUAAUACUCCCUCAGUUUCAGUUUA